AUGGCAAGAAGCCCAACCUCAAAUUUGCUGGUCCUCCAGGUUUCCACAGCCAUGGUGGAGCCCUACAAUUCCUUCUUGUUCAUUCACAUGACCUUAGAUCAUUCUCACUGUGCCUUCAUGGUCACCAAGGAAGCCUUCUAUGACAUAGGUCAGCGCAACCUGGAUAUCAUACAUACUAAUCUCUAUCGUUUGAUUGGGCAGGUUGUGUCUAUCAUCAUCACCUCUCUGCAAGUUGACAGUACCCUGAAUGUGAAUUUGACAGACUUCCCAACCGACCUCAUCCCAUACCCCCACAUCUACUUUCCCCGGGCCACCUACUCCGAGGCAUCUCCGCUAAGAAGGCCUACGAUGAGCAGCAAGAUCACCAACGCCUGCCUGAAGCCAGCCACUCAAAUGGCCAAGUACGACUCUUGCCACAGCAAGUACGUGGUUUGUGGCGUGUGGUGUUGGAGGGACAAGCCAACAUCAACACAGCCUUUACCAGCAACAGGAUGA